AAAACUCUUAUUAACUUAAUUUUUUUUACAGAAUAUUGUCCAUACGACAAAGUUAAAUCACAGAAGGGAAAAGACCUUAUUCUAGUUGAUGGUUACACUUUUUCAAAAACUAGUGCAUAUACCUGGACUUGUUCUACGAGAAACCCUUCCUGUAAAGCGAAACUUACUCUGAACGCGAAUGAAGACAUCGUGAAAAUUAAUAAUGUACAUUGUCAUCCACCAAAGCAAUACGUUCGUACGAAAUCUGGGAUCUUAUGGGCAGUAUGCUUAGUAAUGGAGAAUAAAAGUAUACUUGAUAGUUUGUCUGUGUCAUAUUACACAAUCACAUGCAUAAAGACGCCGAAAGCGAAAGCUUUUCCAGGCGAGCCACUAGACCACUGGGUCAAUCAAGAAUUUCUCACAUUAAUGACCAAUUAUUUUUCAGAAUAUUGCCCAUACGAAACAGUUAAAUCAAGGAAAGGGAAAGACCUUAUUCUAGUUGAUGGUUAUACAUUUUCAAGAUCCAGUAUGUAUACGUGGAUUUGUUCAACGAGAAACUCUUCCUGUAAAGCGAAACUAAUAAUGAACUCGAAUGAUCACAUCGUGAAUAUAAAUAAUGUACAUUCACAUCCUCGAAAGCGAUUCGUUCGUACAAAGUCUGGCGUCUUAUUGGCGAUAUGAAAUGAACAGUGAAAAGAAGAUAUGAAGAUAUUGCUGUGCCCGACAAGGUCCACAAUGGUUCUGUAUCAUUAUAUUAUUGAGACCUUCAUAUACAUUAUGGAACGCAAAUUAUUGAGUAUUGAAGAAAACUCGAGAUAUGAAAACCUUUGCUAUGCAGGGUGUCUAGCGAUAGAAGAGAUUAGGUUAGCACGUGACGCAAGAUAGUUAAAAAUAAGUUUUUUUUUUAUUGUUUUAAUGUAUUAGUAUCGAACUGGAUUUUAUGCGGUUGCGGUAGUAAAAUAUUCAAAUUGCAUGAUGUCGUUACAGACAAAGGUAUAAGUGGAAUAAAAAACAAGUUUGUACUGAGCAACGAUGAGGAAUUUGUUAGAAUCCUAAAAAAAUAUGUAUAAGUACGUCAUUUACUUAUUUACUUUCCUUUUUAAAAAUAAAA